UACAGCAGCGAGGUUCACCACCCAACUACAGGUCGAUGAAGACGAAAAACUCCAAAAGACUAUGUGCAACAUGCGGUCUUUUGCUCACUUUAAAAACGAAGAUAGCAGGGCGCCGUGCCCAGUCCGCCGUUGCAAAAAAUGAUGGAAGCAGUGUCAAGUUACCCACGGCUGCGUCAAGGCUCGCGGAACAGUAUAAUCCAAAAUUUGACACCAUUACAGACCUUUGGGACUAUUCCCAAGACUGGGUCCUGUCGCAUAGCCGUGAUACACCUACACCCGGAUAAAUAUCAGGACGAUCUCCAGCAGUGCGGACUAUUAGGGAGCAUUGUGGAAGUCCACAUGGACUCCGAAUUCGAAGGUAUCAGGCAAAUGGAGGAUCCCCCAUACUGGGCAUUGGAUACUCUUUACCACAUACUCUUACUCCAUAGGGAGAAACCUGCAAGUGCAGGAAAACGCCCUGUCCAAAGCAAGCCAGAGUCUCCAAAGAAAAAUGCCGCCGCAGAGACGCCACAGCCGGGCAUAAGUGCC